AUGUCAGCCUUACAGUUCAGAGGGAAUCCAAACUACCGUGGAUCGCGUCCGAAUCCAUCAACUCCCACUGCAGACCGACCGCUGCUAUCUAGAAAGAGUGAUAGCACACCGGAAAAACUCCAAGGUGAAACCAAGACCAAACCUCCACGCAAGUUCGCCUCCUUGCUUGCUUCGAGCAAUAGCGAAGAGACCAAAAGGGACACGUCCGAUGAUGCCUCCGACACUGAGCGACCACACAAGAAGCGCACAAUGAGUGUUGGUGAAUCCCAAGACCCUACACCAAUUUCAAACCCUUGCCCCUCUGUUCCGAGAUGGUCCAACCCGGAUCCUUACACUGCGAUACCCUUACGAAGCAAACAAACGAAUCAAAGGCUCGAUGUUGUCAAGCUGAUUCAAAAACCAAGACUUGGCGAUAAAGCGAAGGCAGCUGAGACAGAUGAACUCAGGGAGAACUUGGAUUUCGUUUCCCUCAGCAUGAUACCAGAAUCAGAGCAUCAGAGCAACGCUCCCGAGAACGCCUCCGAUAUCGCUUUCAAAGGGCCAACAGGCCAGGAAAAUGUGUACUCUGCCGACCCGAGUCGAAAGCGAACCCGGAGGGGUGCGAUCAAACGCCACGUUAGGAAGACCGGCAAGCCUACAAGCAAGUACAACUGCGACGGUUCAGUUAUCAAGGAGUGGAGACCACCGUCUCAAGAGACGGUCUGUACUUCCCCUGUCCUCUCGAUCGCUAUUGAGUCUUUCCUUUUCUUAACCCGCACUAGGUUAGAUCGCGAGAUUCUAAGCUUUUAUGACUGGGCCAAGCCACAGGAAUUUGGAAACGUUGUCCGUAGAGAUCUCGUCGAGCGAUUGAAGAUUGCAUUUCAAAGUCGAUACGCUGGCACUGAAAUUCAUGCUUUUGGCUCUUCUGCCUCUGGUAUCUACCUGCCUACCGCGGAUAUUGAUCUGGUACUAUUGUCCGACAAUUUCAGACGCACAGGAGUGCGUUCAUUUGUUGAGAGGAAAGAAAAAAUAAACGCCAUUUCGGGCUUCCUGGAAAGUACCAAUAUUGUUGUUCCUGAUUCGAUCGAGUGCGUUACCCAUGCUCGGGUCCCGAUCCUGAAGUUCGUGGACCGGCUGACUGGGCUGCGUGUUGAUAUGUCCUUUGACAACAACAGUGGGUUGAUGGCCAACGAGACAUUUCAAACAUGGAAGGAGCAGUUCCCCAUAAUGCCCGUUAUUCUGUCAGUAGUCAAGCAGUUUUUGCUGAUCCGUGGCCUCAACGAAGUCCGGACUGGUGGACUGGGAGGCUUCUCCGUCACUUGCUUGGUCACAAGUCUACUCCAGCAUCUGCCCAAAGGACAUAUGCAGCUCAACCCUGGCAGCAUUCUCAUGGAAUUUUUUAAUUUCUACGGAAACAAGUUUCAAUACAAUCAAGCGGCAAUCUGUUUGGAUCCUCCGGGAUAUUUCAGCAAGAAAUCAUUUGGAACCCCCGAUCGUCUCACUAUUGAAGAUCCUAACAAUACGGACAACGAUAUCUCUGGCGGCACAAGGGCGAUCGACCUGAUUCUUCGCACCUUCGCUAGUGCUCAUACCACCCUGAAAAAUCGUAUGGAACACCUCGCACUCGUCCGAGGCCCGAACAAGAGCAUUCUGGGGCCGAUCAUUGCAGCGAACUUCGAAAAAUACACUGAACAGCACAAUCAACUUCGUCGGGUCUUCAUGACAGAAAGCAGAUUCGCUGGGCACAGAGUGCCUCCACCGCCGCCGUCAGAACUUUAUCAUGAUAGCGGAGUGCAUUCCGCUCCCCCGCCGCUGCCCGCCGGGCCGCCGCCUGUAAACCCUACCCUACCCUCGGUGCAACAACCCAUCAAUAAUGCAAGAUCAAGAUCCAAGGGCACGAGAGCCGAGCCAGAAGAUGUUUCUGAUGAAUAUUCUAGUGAAACGAAGCUAGUCAAACCCCGCAAAGGCCAAAUAGGACGACAAGCGCGUCGGUGGCGUGCCGCAAGAAUGAAAUACCUCAGGCCUGAUCUCAAGAAUCUCCCCAGCUCCAUCACUGUCAAACAGGCUCUUUGGCACGGCGGCUAUGCUACCAACGGGGAAAUGAAACGUGACUUGAGCUCGAGAGAACGGAGACAAGUCGCGGCCUAA